AGGGUGGCGCCACACUGUUAGGCUUGCCGCUGAUAUAUCGAAGCAUCACGGGACUCGCCGGAAGAAAAAAGCAGAGUCACGCUUUAACCUGGUCGCCGCGCCAAGCACGGCGGUCUCGGGUUGCCAGGGCCCCGAGGAGCUGAGCCAUCAGAGAUCAGCGCACAUCGGGAGCCCGGACUUUGCGCAUAAGUUGUAGGCUGAAUUGCUCAAGGCCGCCAACUACUACGGUGCAGAUCAAUAAUGAAGACACGGACAUGGCCGACCUUCCGGCGGAGUUCUCUACGAAGGGCUUCGAGCGGCAAACCAGCGGAAUGGAAGAAGCGGGCUUCGUUGCGAGGAUGCCCUCCGAUGAAUUGGCGAGGCAAGCGAAAGAGUUCUCGCAGUCGGUGAAGAAAAAGAUGUCUGCUCCUUCACAAAAGAAGCAUGGAGCAUCAGAAGGUGAAAGCAAACAAAGCAAGAAGUCACUCCUGGUUGAGAGCGUUCUCGGUGCCGGGGACAAGCAUGACCACAAAGCGCACAAACACAAGAAGGGCGCAUUUGCCGGAGUCUUUGUUCCUACCUGUGAGAACAUGUGGGGUGUGCUCAUCUUCCUGCGCUUUUACUUCGUCGUGGGCCAGGCUGGCAUCGGACAAGCGCUUCUGUGCGUGCUCAUCUCGUUCUGCGCUGCCUUCUGCACGACAUCGUCUAUGUCGGCCAUCGUCUCCUCCGGUGGUUUGGUGAGCAAAGGAGGGCCGUACUACAUGAUCUCUCGUGCCCUGGGACCUUCAGUGGGAGCAUCUGUGGGGAUCAUGUACUGGCUGGCCAUCACGUUACUUGCAGUGCUGGAGACCCUUGGAGCAGUGGAGGCUUUGCUCAUGGCCGCGCCUUCUUUGAACUUCCCCGGCUGCAAGCAGGCCUUUGGCUCCGGCUUCAUGGCGGUGUUGAUCCUAGCAGUGUGGGGUGGCACCUCCUUCGUCACUCGACUGGGCAUCUUCUUUGUGCUGAUCGUCUUCUACACAAUGGCAUCCUACUAUGCUGGCAUCAUCAGUGCUCCCCUCACGGACAUCGCGAAGGCAAAUCCGUGGGUGACCGGGCUCAGUUGGGACACGUUUCAGAAAAAUUGGGGGCCCCACUACGACGACCAGACCAACUUCGGAGUGGUGCUGAGUGUUUUCUUCCCCUGCUUCACGGGCAUUCUGAGCGGGGCCAACCGCGCAGAUAUUCUGAAGGAUCCGCCAAGGAACAUCAAGGACGGGACCUUUGGUGCCAUCAUCUUCAGCUUUUUCAUGUACUCGUCAUUCUUUAUCCUUUGGGGAUGUGUGGCGGACUAUCGGUAUCUGCAGGGCCAGGAGUACCACGCGGACGGGGAUGAUCAUAGUCACCGCCGCCUGGCCGGGGCCGGAGCGGGAGAUCACCUGGUGGAGGAGAUUGUGUGGAAUCCUUUCCCACACUCUGCACAGAUCGGCAUCAUCAUUUCCUCCCUCAGCCAGGCGUUGCAGUGCCUCAUUGUCGCCCCGCGCCUUCUGCAGAGCAUCGCAAGAGACAAGAUCCUGUCCAUCUUCGACAAGAUUGCGCCGCUCUCUUCCCGCGGAGAGCCAGUCCGAGCAUUGUUUGCGACAUACGCCUUUGCCGCCAUGUUGGUUUUGAUCGGGGAGGUCAAUGCAGUGGCACCUUUGCUGACCAUGUGCUUCUUGGUGGCGUAUUCCUUUAUGAACUUCUCCUGCUUCAUCUUGACUUGGGUCCGAUCUCCCGGCUUUCGACCCACAGGUAUGUCCCGCAGGAGGUGGCGAAUUUGGUACAUGUCCACGGGCCUCAUUGGGUCCAUUGUGUGCUUGUCCAUCAUGGCUAUCGUGAGUGAACUCUGGGCCCUGGCUGUGUUGGCCUUCAGCUUCGGCCUGUACUUGUACAUCAAUUGGAAGCUGGAGCAAGCAGAAUGGGGCAGCGCCCUGGAUGGCAUGCGUUACCAACUGGCCCUGAACAGCUUGAUCCAGCUGGAGUCCUCAGGGCACCACGCGGUGAACUGGCGCCCUCAGGUUCUGAUCUUGUACCGCAUCCACCUGUCUGAGGAGCUGAAAGGCAUCAAGCACCACGAAAUUUUGCGCUUCUACUCUCACCUCAGGAAGGGCAAUGGCUUUGCUGUGGUGGCUUGCGUGUUGGAGUCUGACAAGCGAGACGAGCACUCCCUGCACAAGGCGAAUAUUGAGAGGGACAUCAUCAAGAGCAUCAUGAAGGAGGAGCAGAUACAAGGCUUCGCAGAAUGCGUUGUGGCCCCAUCUUGGUCCGAAGGCUGCAGCUACAUCAUCCAGUUGAGCGGCAUUGGGGGCUUGGCACCCAACACGGUGUUGGUGGAUUGGCCCAUGAAGUGGAGGAAGCAACCGAUCAAGGCCAAAGAAUUUGUGACUGUCCUCAGCACAGCCCUGGCUGCAGAGAAGUCUGUGUUGGCUGUGAAAGGUCUUGAGGACAUGCCUCUGUCCGCGGUGGUGGGCACCAUUGAUGUUUGGUGGAUGAUUCAUGACGGUGGUUUCAUGAUCCUUUUGUCUUGGCUCUUGUUGCAGCAUCGCAUCUGGCGCCAGUGCCACAUCCGCAUUUUCACGAUCACAGAGGGCGUGUCAGAAGAGCGCGCGAAGAAUGCCGCCAAGUUGUUGACAGAGACACUCCGCCAACGCCGCUUGUUCGACGUGGAUGUGGAGGUGGUCCUAGUCGAUGAUGAGAUGAUUCAGCCGUACACCUAUGAUUGGACUCUGCGAGUGGAGCAGCGCCACAAAUUUGUGGAGCAGCUCCAUGGAGUAAAGAGCAUGAAUGUGGAUGCGAUUCCCUUGGAGAUCGAUGAUUUGUUCAAGAUGGAGGAGGAAGCUGAGGCAGGCUCUGUGUCCGGCACGGUGUCUCCCACCCAGCCUACUGUGCCAAACUCCGAAGGGCACGCCGGAUCGGUGGCGGUCUGCGACUUGCGCAGCGCGGUUGAGAGCGAACGCGCAGCAAGCCACUCAGCGGUCUUCAAGGGCGAAUCCUUCAAGAGCUUGGGCACAAACGUCUCUGAGGGAGCAAAUAUAUGCGGCAGAGAGCCAACGAAAGAGCGCCCGGCCUUGGCCACUGAGCAGAAAGAGUGGGACAGAGUGGCCUCCUUUGUCAAGCUGAACGAGAUGAUCACCUCGCGGUCGAAGAGGUCCCAGCUGGUCGUCAUGAACCUGCCGGAUGUUUGGAGUACGGAGGACCAAGAGGUGAAUCACUUCAUGACCUACUGCGACACGAUGACCAAGGGCCUGGACCGCGUGCUGUUUGUCCAUUCAUCUGGCCACGAGGUUUUCGAGAUUGGCUGAGCAAAUGACAAGGCAAAUCAUGAAAGGCUUCGCUGCGUGAUUUGGCGUGAGCUGUGGUAAGUGCGACAUAAUGGUCAGUUGGGAAUCUUGAAUGAGGGACCUCCUUCUCGGAG